AUGUUUUUCGAGUGUUUAAAAAAGGAGAAGAGAAGUAACAAUAUAGUUAUUUAUGGAUUGGAGGAGAGUGAAAAAUCGACAUCAGAGCUGUUUCAAAAUGUUAAAGAUAUUUUUAAAAGAGAUUUAGAUUUAUCUGUGGAACAAAAUGAAAUGAACAGAUUGUACCGUUUGGGAAAAAGAAAUGAGAACAAACAUAGACCUGUUUUAUUCUCAUUUACAAACGGAUGGAAAAAAGAUGAAAUCGUAAAGAAUAAAAAAAGUCUUAAGGGAAUCUUUAUAGCAGAAGACUAUUCUAAGGAAGUAAUAGAGAAGAGAAAGGCUCUGCUACCACAGCUACUAGAGGAGAAGAAAAAAGGAAAUAUUGCUUUUAUGAAAUAUGAUAAACUGAUAGUUAAAGGACCAAACACCGACAAAAGGAAAAGAGAACUAUCCAGUUCACCACAAUCAUCGUCAACUAACAAUCCUAAGAAACAACAAACGAUAAGUUCUAUCAAAACUAACAGAACAAACGCCUUCGAUUUGAUGAGAACCCGAUCAAACUCGCUCUCUGGCGGCUCUAAUCAUAAUAAACUAUAGCA